AGUCCUGAGGCUCUGAGUGACCCCAGUCAGGUCUUUGGAUUCCGGUAGAAUUUGGGGGAAGAAGGUUUUGGCGAGAUGAAGUAGAAAACGCUGCGUUUUCUACUUUGUUUGUUAAUUGGCCAAAACCCAGCCCGACCCGAUAAGAAACCGAAUACUUGUAACGAAUCCGCGGGGGCCCAGCAAGGGGGGCCCACAAUCCCCAGAACUUUCUUGGAAUAUUGAUGGAGAAGGAAACGAAGCAAGAAAUAGCCAUAAGAAAACUCGAAAGGGACACCAUUGGCCACUUCUACAUCUCCACCUCAAAACCUAGCUCCAGUUAUGUAGUCAUAUAAGAAUUCAAUCUAACUUGGGCUUCUUAAGUUUCCCAAUUUGUGUGAGACUUGGAUGGAACAUUAGCGUAUUGUUGUUUUGUGUUUGUGGGAUUUUCUUGUGUGAGAAUCAAGUAGACGAAUAUUUGUGAAAGAGAACCGAGAUUGUUUUUGUCCCCUGGACCUGUUCCUUAUUGUAUUCUUCAUUCUGUCCUCUUUGAGUGUUGGCACUGGGCAAAAAUGAUGCUGCAAUAUCGAGACCUGGCUAAGCUUAAAACGAAGAAGUGUUGCUUCAAGAACUCUAAAUGGUGCCCUUCAAGCAAAGGAAAAAACUUUCAGUAUCUGGAAGCUUUGUGUUUAUCAUAUAUUGUGUUUGAGGAUGUAAUUGCUGUGCGUGAUUCUGUAUCUCUGGAGCAUCUGAAAGAAUUGAGCUCCAAGCGUAGGGUUAUUGAGGACUCCAUUAAUCAAACAAGCUUCAUCACAGAAGCUAUUGCCAGAGAAAUGUCUGGUGGAUCUACUUCUCGUUGUGAGCAGGAACGUCUCAGACUGGAAAAUUAUCUGCCAUUAUUGGAAAAUUUCAUUUCUCAUGCUGAUAUUGUCAGCAACAAUAGUCAGAUGAUUCGGUGGACUUCACAACUCAAGAUUCAGUGGUCCAGUGUUCUUAGCUCAUCAUCUUUCUUUAACCUUACAGGUCCAAAAUUUUUUCAAAUUGAUAAUUUGCGGUUUGAGCUUGGUAUGGCCCUUUUCCUUUAUGGAGCAGUGCUCAGGGAGAGGGCUUUGGAGUUUCUGCCAUCAGACUUAAAGCAAUCAGCCUUCAUCUACAGAGAAGCUGCUGGAGUCUUUCAUUAUCUAGCUCAUGAGGUUCUUCCCUCUUUACACUCUGCAAUAUCUGCUGAAAGGCCGCCAGAAGCUACCUCAUCUGUGACUUCUGCUAUAAGUCUCAUUUGUUUGGCUGAGGCCCAGGCUGUAUACAUAAGAAAGGCUGAAGAAACAGGAAAUACAGGGUUUGGUGUUUUAGCAAAGCUGCACCUUGGCGUUGCAGAACUACUUAGCGAAGCAGUCGGUGCCUUAAAUUCUGGGAUUGGAGAAUACAAGGCUAUUUCAUCUCGCUUUUUGGAAUUUAUAUCAUCUUGCAAAGCUCUUCAUGAGUUGCGAGGUCAUACAUAUUUUUCUAAAGGUCUAAAGCAUGAUGACCAAAUUGGAAUUGCCAUUGGAGUUCUUCGUGAUGCAUUGAGCAAUGUGAAAAGGAAAAUGCCAGGGGAUGAUUCCUGGAAAACUUUCUUUAGAAAAGAAAUUGAACAUUCAGCAGAUACCCUUCAGAAAUUUGAACAUGAGAAUGAAUUUGUUUGGCAUGAGAAGAUUCCAUCUGGAGAUGAGUUGCCAUUGCUCCAGGGCAAUGAAAUUGUGAAGAUAGAACCUUAUCGGCCCAAGAAAUGGGAGAGAGAACUUGCUUUCAAGACAUAGUUAAAUGUGUAAAGUGCAAUCAAGCUUCUUGUUUUCCUUCCUUUUUUUAAUGUGCAGAACUGUUUUUUUAUAUUUAUUUUUCCCCUUUCUUUUCUCUGGUGACUGGCCAAAAGCCUAAAGGGCUGUUGAGCAGGUUGUUGAUGUAUGGACAAAGGUGUUUGUCUCUCUUUCCUUCUUCUUGUUUUUAUUUUAUUUUUUAAAAAAAUAGUAAAGCUUGUGUGC